CGUAAGAACUUCAUUUCGCGUUGUUGCCUUUGGUUCCAGUAACAGGACGAUGGGCUGGAUCUAGCGUUUGUGCAAAGUAUCCUGAAGAAGAAUAAAUAUUGUAUAAAAAGUCAACAAGCGUCAGACGCAAAAAGCGAACGACAAUAGGGCGCUGUAGGUCGAGAAACUCUCGUUGAACACGAGGGCAAAUACUGAGGUCAUCAGUAGUGACUGAGCAUCCUCUCAACUCCGGACAAGCAUGGCUGAAGGCAGUGCUGUCAAGAUUAUGAACGGAGGCAGCGAUGACAGCCGCCUGUCUCCGUCCCUCAGUCCGGAGGCUGUGACUUUAGGGGGUGUCGUGCACAGCAUCCCUUCCACCAGUGGAACAUACAUAAUGCCCGGUCCGCCGCACCUGAAGGUCGAUUUGAGGCUUAAUGUGUCGUCCAAAGCCACAAACGGGCAGCAGCACUUCCGGUUUGGCGUGGUCGGAAACUGCCACCUCCUAGGCGACGGUGAACCGCAGAGGGCUCGCAUUGGAUACCAGACGAGCGCACAGACGUGGGUCGUGGAGAUAUGGGUCCCGGCCAACUUCGUGUUCGAGUAUCGGUGGGUAGAGUUCCAGCGCUCCACGUCCUUCAUAUUCGAUAUCGAGUCAAUCGAACCCCGGCGCGUGGAGGUGGGCCUGCGGGCGCUGGAGAUACGGAACAAGUUCAACAUACCCGGGGGAACGUUCAAAGAAGAUAUUGAUCACCCAGUUUAUUUCACAUCUUUCUGUGCACCAAAACGUUCUUUAAGAAUCUCUUCACUAAGCACCCGGCGGCCUUCAAGUCCGGAGCUUGCGCCCGCCGCCAGUAAAGCGUCGUCAAGGUCUUGCGAGAUUGUGUAUAGCCAUGCAGUUUUCUGUCAGAAGCGUGACCAAGUGUCAGACAAGAAAAUCAAAACGCCAAACGAUGCUGUCGAUGGCGAAAUUUGCGUGGAACGCGAAAACCAUACGUUCAUCCCUGCCUCUUUAAGUUCAUCAAACGACAAAACGUCAGACGACAGAAGGGACUCGUUUAACAUCGCAGCUACAGCGGGUCUGAAGGAAUCCGUGUCCACCGAUAGUGAGGUCAACAUUAGUCAAUCCGAAUCCUCUAAGCGAACAAGCAUGACUAAAGGAGGUGUCCACUUGCAAACCGCAACCAGUGACUUUAGUAACCCUUCUACGUCCUCCAGUGCGGAGACAGCACCUCUGAAGAGUUGCAUGCACAGCCUCCCUUCAGCCAGUAGAACAUACAUCCAAAGCGAUAGUCUUGUAGCUAGGUCAUGUGCCUCCACUAGCGCACAUUCGCCAUUACGACGACGGCACCUUGCGUCCGAGUCCGCUCCCGAUCUAGGAUCAUGUUUACCCCAUAGCAUCAUCCACCACAACAUGGAGGCAUUGGACGCACUAAGUCACGACCAUGAACUGACUCAGUGCCUCAGCUAUCUGUCCGCCGACGAAAUCUACAAUAUCUUGCACGAAAACGAUGUGCACUUCCGACGGGAGAAUCUGACGAAUGGGCUAAAGGAAUAUCUUAAUACGACACCAGUGCCACACAAAAGAAAGAGCGCCCUGCGCAAGAUGCUAACACCUCUCGCAUGGCUAGGUCUAGGGGCCGGCCUUUGCAGUUUAUUGCGGUACAUUCUGGUUAGUCGGUCAGCUUAAAUACCAUUCAAUUGAUUUUAUUUAGUAUGCUGGUCGACAAAGGCGUGACCAAGAUUGAAAGCCACUGGAUUGACAAUUAAAGACAGGUACUCGCCUUUAAAACUGUAAUUUCUGGAUAAGCAACGAUAUAUGAUUUUUUUCUGCUAAAGGUAUGUAUCUUACUAAGAGGAUCGGUGAGUUUGAUAAAUACAAUAAUAAAUUGUAUACAAAUAAACUUCAUCAAAUGAA